CUGUUGCAUUUUGAUUGUAUGAUAGAGCGGUUAAAAACAUGCAGGCACCUUUUCGACAUCAUGGAACAAGUUCGGAAGAGCGCACUGGCACAUGUUGACCGCAACGUUCAAGCUGAUGCAAUUUCAUUAAUUCUCUCGAUCGUAAAACAAGCUAGCGCUGGCUCGUUAUAGGCCACAAUGUCUCAUCAUCUCUUCCUGCUCUCUCCGUCUGAUACACCAAUAUACAAUUUGACGCACUACUCAACUAAGCUACCACAACCAACGUCCUCAUCACUUUCAUCAAACCUGCCUACAUGGUCUACUUCUGCGUUUGCGGGUACCCUGACGGCGUUGUCAGGAGCGUCUAGUGCUACGCAGUCUCAUCACGUCCAGGGGGGUGCUGUGAGGAUGGGCGGAGGGCAAGAUCGGCAUGUGAUCCAAAUGAUUGCCAACGCCAGUUUGGAUGUUAUUGAAGAUGUCAUGCGAAAGGAAAGCGCCAUGUACCUGAAAUCUGUAGAUAAAUUCAAUGAAUGGACGGUGUCUGCGUUCGUCACCCCAGGCAACAUGAAGUUCAUACUGUUGCAUGAGACCAAGAAUGAUGAUGGAAUUCGGUCCUUCUUUCACGAUGUCUGGGAACUGUACCUCAAGACAAUGUUAAACCCAUUCCACACGGCACAUUCACCGAUACGCAGCAUUGUAUUUGAUACACGUGUUCGGGCGAGUGCGAAAAAGUAUCUUUAACAUCGGGCCUGAGGCUUUCCAAGUGUGGGGAAGACAAUAACUUUCAUUACACGAAAUGCACGUGUACGGAUAUUGCCAUAGACGGGACCGGAAGGACCAGUGAAUGCAG